AUGGAAGCAGAGCCUGGAGUUGCCACGCCCGGAGCUUCUCCGUCGCCGGCGACCCUGGGGUCCCCCCGGGCGCCGCGGCUCCCCUCCGGUCCCAGGCCCGCCCCGGUCACGGACGUUGCCUCUCUGUGUGUCUGUGACUUGUCCCCAGCCCAGUGUGACAUCAACUGCUGCUGUGAUCCCGACUGCAGCUCCACAGAUUUCAGUGUCUUCUCUUCUUGCUCAAUUCCAGUCAUCACGGGUGAUCACCAGUUUUGCAGUCAAAAAGCAGCCGUCUACUCACUGAAUUUCACAGCAAACCCUCCACAGAGGGUGUUUAAACUUGUUGACCAGAUCAAUCCAUCCAUUUUCUGCAUUCAUAUUAUGAACUAUAAACCCGCACUGUCCUUUACUGAUCCGGAAGUGCCCAAUGAAAACACUUUUGACAGAUCCAUGAAGACACCUAGUGGUUUCAUGUCCAAUAUGGAAUCAGAUGUUUCUCUUACAACCAAUCGGGAAGCAGCAAACACUGCAAACUAUAAGUAUGGGGAUCCCGUGCAGAUUUCACAUGCGUCUUCACCUUCGUUUCUGCGGCUUCCUUCACCUCUCACGUCAUCUCUGUGCACUGACGGCAAUCCUGCAGGGUUUCUGAUGAACAAGGCUGUUGCGUGCACCCGCAGGGUGCGUGUGGAGCAGUGUGAAGAAACCGAGGCCCUGAGCAUGGCUCAUUACAGCAGCCCUGUGAUUCUGGGGGUGCCUAAUUCAGCAACACGUGUCCCCAUCACCAUUCAGUCCAUCACCAUCCGUUCUCAGAAUCACACGCUGCAGCGACUGGAGGACACAGCGGUGCUGCAUCCGGCUCUCCUCACUGGCCAGGGCGGAAUCUGCAUUAACGUUGUUCUUGAGGUCAAGUACAGCCUCACGUACACAGACGCAGGGGUCAUAUCGUCCGCGGGCGUUGCCUUCCUCCUGGGCUCCCUCAGCGGUGCGGUGGCUGAUGUGCAGCAGAAGUUUGAAAUUCACUUUCUCCAGCAACACACGAAGCCAGUUCCUGUCAGCGGAAACCCGGGCUACGUGACGGGGCUCCCGCUGCUGGCUGGCUUUCGGCCUCAUGGGGGGUCUGGGAUUGUGCAGACCCUCAAUAGAUACCGACAGCUCACCAUCCUGCAGAGCACGCCCGAGCAAGACUGCUUCGCACGCCUAGGCCCCCGGACCCCGGUGCUGUUCGGGUAUGAUGUGCAGUCCGGCUGCCGACUGAGGCUGAGCAGCGCCGUCCCGUGUGAGCUGGCUGCACAGAAGGUUGCGGCGCUGCUGAGGGGCCAGGCCUUCCCUGACUACGUGGCCUCCUUUGGAAACUCACGGCCCCAGGACAUCCUAGAUUGGGUGCCUGUCCACUUCGUCACCCACUCGUCCAGAGGGAAGGGGCCCUGCCAGCUGCCCGUGGCUCUGCGCGUGGAGGUGGAGUGGACCAAGCUCGGGAGCCUGGGGAACCCGCAGGCCAGGGUCGUGAACGUCACCGCCAGCCUCCUCUCUGCCCCGCUUCCCGAGGUCCGCAUGGGCAGGGACGGCGCAAUACUCUUGUCCAGCGCAGUCCGGUUUGUGGACGUGUCCGCUCCGGCCGAGGCCGGGCUCCGGGCGCCGCCCGCCAUCCACGCCCGGCUGCCCCCCGGCUUCUUCUUCCCCUUCGGGUGAGGUGAGUGCGUGGCGGGGGGUGGGGGGCAGUCCUUCCUCCCUGCCCCCC